AUGACGAAGAUGUCUGAUCUCUCGCAGGAGUUGGUGGACGAGAUACUCUCUAGGGCUCCGAUAACUUCUCUAGGAGCAGUGAGAUGCACCAAGAAGCAAUGGAACGCCUCAACCAAAGACCGGCUCAUGUGCAGCGGAGAAUCAAAGCAGCAGUUUCUGCGGUUCAUGGUGAUGGACCAUAGGUUUCUGUCCAUGACGUUCAAUCUCCAUGGAGUCCUCAGAGGUGACGGUGGAAGGUUCGUUCGUCCAUCUAUCAAGGAGAUUGGAGGUAACUUCGAUGGUCAAAUCGACAUCUCUAAAGUGUUUUAUUCCGAUGGGCUCUUGCUAUGCGUUGCAAGGGACAACUCAAGCGUCUUGCUUUGGAAUCCGUAUUCGGGUGAAACCAGGUGGAUACAGCCCGAAGCGCCUUACCAAGAAUCUGACAUGUUUGCUCUCGGUUACGGCAAGGACAAGAAGCACAAGAUCUUGAGGUUGUACGAUGAUUAUUACGAGUUCAAAGUCUACAAUGUCGAGUCUGGAUCUUGGGGAGAACAAGAUCAUUUUCCAGACUGGGAGAUUGAUUCUUAUCACCGGGGCGUGGCCGUAAAUGGUAACGCUUACUUCUUGACUCGACAGAAAGGAGUACAAGCUAAGCAUCUUGUUGAUUACUUGGUGUGUUUUGAUUUCACGUCCGAGAGCUUUAGAUAUUUUCUUGAUAUGCCGUUUAAUAAGAAUAGUAGGAACUACAUUGGGACUCUUUCUUGUGUUGGAAAAGAGAAACUCGCUGCUUUAUAUCAGCGCUGGGAUCAACACGAGAUUGAGAUUUGGAUUUCAACUAAGGUUGAGCCCAGUGAGGUGUUGUGGAGCAAGCUGUUUAAAGUUGAUAUGAGACCACUCAUUAGGUUUGGUUUUCAACGUGAAGAUGAAGCUGGCAGUUUCUUCAUUGACGAAGAGAAGAAAGUUGCCGUGGUUUUUAAUUUAGAUAGGAAAUCUGAUAAAAGGAGCAAGAAGAAACGCUGUUACCCCACAGCUUAUGUUUUUGGAGAGAGGGGAUACUUGAGAAAAGUGGUUCUUGGGGAAGCUGUGGAGGCCAGAAAAGACGGGUAUCAUCGUUGCCCGCUUGUGUGCUCUAGCUCUUAUGUUCCAAGUUUGGUGAAGAUCAACCAAAAUGAAGGACCGCAGCCCAACCAAAAUGCUGAACGCAAAACGAUGCAAGACAAGAAGAGGAAGAGGAGGAUCAUUAGGUAAACAAGAGAGUACUACUGCUCAACCAAUAAUAAUACAGUUUUCUUUCUUGCUCCUUUACAUUUGUUUUUGUUUUUUGUUAUUUCC